AUGGUAAAGCCAGAAGGCUACACUGGUAAAAUUGGGUUUCCGUAUCCGUCGGCCAUUAUAUUUUCAUUAUCGAGUUGUUCGUUCGCCGGGUCUGAGAGGUCGAUACUCGUGAAUGAAGAAAUUGUAAAAAAAUUCAAAUUCUCUCAAAAGAGAGAUACUUAUUCAAGCUUUAACGCCUUUCAAAAUCAUCAUCCCAUCUAUAGACCUCGACUAGACCGGAAUGAACAAUUCGGUAAAAUUCCUUUCCUUACUGGCCUGCAUGAUUUCGGUGGGCCAAAAAAUUUCCAGCCAAGAAAUGGAAUGGGCAAUAAAAAUUUUAGACCUCGAAAUGACUUUAAUGGGGUUAGAAAUGAAUUUAACAAUAUGAAAAAUGAAAAUGGAAAUCCUAAUGAUUUUGGCGGACCGAAAGAAUACAGGCCCAGAAAUAAUUUUAAUAACCAAACUCCAAAGAAAAAUGAUUAUGAUGGUGAAAACAAUUCAGGAGGCAAUAUGCAAUUUUAUAAUGGAAAGGGAGACUUUGGAGGACCUAAACAGAAUUUCCAAAAGAAUUUUGGGCCCAAAAAUUUUAACAAUCAAAAUGGACCCAGCAAUGGCAAUGGCCAGCAAACUUUUGUUCCUAAGAAAAUAUAUAAUAAUAGCACUUCACAACCUUCCUCAGAUUUUAAUGAUCGUAAAUUACAAAGUAGAAAGGCAAAGUAUCCUGGUGAUGCUUUAAUAAAGCCAGUAUGGGAUAUGUCAAAUCUUGGUACCAUUCAAAAGAAUUUUUAUAAGCCACAUGCUAAUGUAGAAGCACGAUCAGAAGAUGAAGUAGAAAUGUUCCGUGCAGCUAAAGAGAUAACUGUAAGUGGCAACAAUGUUCCACGUCCUAAUCAAGUUUUUGAUGAGGGUAAUUUCCCUGACCAUAUUAUGAACACUAUUAAAGAGCAAGGUUGGGAUGAACCUACUGGUAUCCAGGCUCAAGGAUGGCCUAUUGCAUUAUCUGGUCGGGAUAUGGUAGGGAUUGCAUCUACAGGUUCUGGCAAAACAUUAGCUUACAUGCUUCCUGCGGCCGUUCAUAUUGUUCAUCAACAAAGGAUUCAGCGAGGUGAUGGCCCUAUUGCUCUCAUUUUGGCACCAACCAGAGAAUUAGCACAACAAAUUCAAUCUGUAGCUCAAGCUUACAGUGCUCGUGGCUGUAUCAGGAAUACUUGUCUUUUUGGUGGAUCUCCCAAAGGACCUCAAGCAAGAGACUUAGAACGAGGUGUUGAGAUUGUUAUUGCUACACCUGGACGACUGAUAGAUUUCCUGGAGAGAGGAACUACUAACUUACGACGAUGCACAUAUUUGGUACUGGAUGAAGCUGAUAGAAUGUUAGAUAUGGGUUUCGAACCUCAGAUCCGUAAAAUAAUCGAACAGAUCCGUCCUGAUCGUCAAGUCCUUAUGUGGUCCGCAACUUGGCCUAAAGAAAUACAAGCACUGGCUGAAGAUUUCCUGACUGAUUAUAUCAAAGUAAACAUUGGUUCUUUGAAUCUUUCUGCAAAUAAUAAUAUCAAACAAAUAAUUGAAGUCUGUGAAGAACAUGAAAAAGAAGUCAAGCUUACCAAUCUUUUGAAAGAGAUUGCUUCAGAAAAAGACAACAAGGUCAUUGUCUUUGUUGAGACAAAGAAAAAGGUAGAUGACAUAGCACGUGCAGUGCGACGCAAUGGACACAAGGCGCUAGCCAUCCAUGGUGACAAAUCCCAACAAGAGCGUGAUGCAGUCCUUACAGAGUUCCGAAAUGGGGCAACUAGCAUUCUGAUUGCAACAGAUGUUGCUGCUCGUGGUUUAGAUGUUGAAGACGUUAAAUUUGUUGUUAACUUUGACUACCCAAAUACUUCAGAAGAUUAUAUUCACAGAAUUGGUCGUACUGGUCGCUGCCAACAGUCUGGCACUGCCUAUACCUACUUCACUAGUGGAGAUGCACGUCAAGCUCGUUCCUUAUUAGCUGUACUGCGAGAAACCGGCCAAAAUCCUCCAUCUAAACUAAAUGACCUGGCAAGAAACAAUAACAGCAACAAUUCUAGCCGCAAUCGCUGGCAACAACGAAAGGAAAAUAAUAGUGGUGCAAGUUCACCACGUCAAAAGAGCAAUCAGUGGAAUAACAAAAUGGCUAACAUGACCAAUGAAGACAAUCAGAAUAAUUACCAAAAUCGUAAUAGUCAACAACAACAACAAGCUCCACGAUUUUCUAAUCAGAACCAAAAUACAAACCAAGGUUACAGACAACAAAAUGGUUAUCAAAAAACAGUACCUUUCCCUAGUCCUAAUGUAUUUGAAUCUAUGGGAAGUUACCAAGGAGGAUACAAUAAUGGCUAUCAGAAUGCCUAUAACACUAACCAGAAUGGCUAUGGACAGCGCACCUUCAACAGUGAGUACACUCGUGCUAACGGCGGCCAACAAUAUCAUCGUAACACAAACUCUGUUGGCAACAAAUCUGCAGGAUCUGGAUCCUCCUAUGGAUCGCCUCCUCCUCAUUUUGCUACCCCACCCCAUUACCCACAAAUGCACCCUCAUCACCAGGAUAUGCUUGGUGGCAAAUACUAUGGCGGCGGCGUAGGCGGUGGUGGUCCAUGCGGCUACCAAGCGGCCGUGGGCGCUGGAGUGCCGUACCCGCACCUGCCGCCCGGCCCGCUGCUUUAUGCACCAGUCCAACAG